UACUACUUCUCUAGCGUCAUUGGCGUUUAUUUUUUCGCAACAUUUCAACCAAUUUUUGUAUAAACAUGAAAAUGGACGUUGAGGAAAGUGCUAAAGAGACUGGCGUUGAGCUCACAGACGCAGAAAAUGAACUAUAUGAUAGACAAAUACGUCUUUGGGGCUUGGAAUCACAAAAGAGACUACGCACAGCCAAUAUAUUGAUAUCUGGUCUGAAUGGACUAGGUGCGGAAAUAACUAAGAAUAUUAUUUUAUCUGGUGUGAACUUGGUAAAGCUGCACGAUGACAAAUUGGUAACCGAAGAAGACUUUUGCUCACAAUUUCUGGCGGCUCGUGAAUCCUUGGGCAACAACAGAGCUGAAGCUUCUUUAACACGUGCUCGAGCUCUUAAUCCUAUGGUAGACAUAUCUGCAGACACGCAGCCAUUGAGUGAAAAGACCGCGGACUUUUUCGGCCAAUUUGAUGUCGUGGUCAUAAACGGUGCCAGCAACGAAGAAUUGUUGCGCAUAGACACAAUCUGCCGGGAGCUGGGUAUUAAAUUUUUUGCCACUGAUGUUUGGGGCAUGUUUGGUUUCCAUUAUGCUGGCUUGCAGAAACAUUGCUACGUGGAAAACGUUAUCAAGUACAAAGUGAUAUCGAAACCGAAUGAAAAGGUCAAAUAUGAAACGGUAUCCACCCCAGUGCAACGCGAAGUCGAGUACCCAUCGUAUUCCAAUUGGCUCGACUUCAAUAUCAAUGCUCCCAACUAUCAACGCAAGUUGAAGCGAGAUGGUCCAGGCAUUAUACUGUUGCGCGUUCUACAAAACUUUCGCAGCACCUAUAAACGUGAUCCCAGCUAUAAGACAAGAGAGGCAGACAUUGCUUUGCUAGAGCAAAUUCGAGAUGAGCUUGUGCCGAACUCUGCACUGUCUAGCGAUACACUUGGCUUACUUUUUGCGCAGAUAUCGCCAGCAGUUGCUGUUGUUGGUGGCGUUGUGGCACAGGAGAUUAUUAAAGUGGUCACCAAAAUGGAAGCUCCACAUCGAAAUCUAUUUAUAUUCAAUCCAGAAACUUGUAUGGGCUAUGUAGAGCAAAUUGGUGUUAACUAAGAUAAGCCAAUGAUAUUGUAUGAAUAAAUGGAAUUCUUUAAUUUCUAUUUAAUUAAA